AUGGGUAAUUCAGCUAGUAAAAGAGGUGGUGAUCAAGACACCAAAUUUACUUUAGUCACUGGUAUUUACAAGGACUGUGAUUGGGAUCCAAAGGUUAUUAGAAAACUAGUACUCGAUAAGAAGAUAUCUCCUUUAUAUCCUGGUGUAGAUACAGAAGCUCCUUCAUUAGAGGAAUGUCCUAUAUGUCUAUUGAAACCAAUGGCAGAGUUGAGUACUAUAUUAUGCCCAUUUUGUAAUCAUUCAUCUUAUGGUGUAGUAUAUACUGGACCAUUAUCACAAGAGGAAGUACAAAAAGAUGAGAUUGAAAAGGCAAAAGUGUUAGAGUUGACGAUUCAAAUGAAAAAAGAGGAGAAUGAAAAGGCCAAGGUAGGAGGGUUUUCUCCGCCAAAGACAUUGGUUCCACCUCCUAUCGUCUACUCUCCACCACCUCCUCCACGAAACAUACCACCUUCACGCAACACUAGAUCGUCUUCUCAAUCACAUUCACAAAACUCUUCUUUCCAAGAUAUGAUCUACUCUGGAUCCUACUCUGAGAAAGAGGUUGAGGAACUUAUGGUUUUAGAGGCAAUUAGAUUAUCUCUUCAACAACAAACUCCACCACCACCAUUCCCAACUACGACCGCAUCAACCUCCCCUUCCUCCUCUAUUGCUCCUACUAAUACUGAUAAUAGUAGUAGUAAUCAUAUCAACAAUGGUAAUGAUGAUACUACCACAACAACUACAACCACCACCUCAACUAAUAACAACAACAACAAUGUAAAUAAGAAUGAACAAGAUGAAGAAUUUUUAGAUGAAAUUGAAGAUCUAGAAAUGAAACUCUCAAAUAUAGAAAUUGAAAUUGAUCAAAUGGAUGAAAAGAAAGUUGACCAACAACAACAACAAGUGGAACAAGUAAAAGAAGAGGAUAAAGAAAAAGAAGAAGAAGAGGUAGAAGAGGAAACUUCAACAACAAAUACAACCAUACCAUUACCAAAACCAAUAGAUAGUCAAGUUGAAAAUACUCAAGCAAUUGGAAAACAAGAAGAAGAAGAAAAAAAGAGUAAAAAGAACUUUUUUGCAGAAGAUGAAGACUUUUCAUUUAAUGUAUCAACUGAUGCUUUAAAGAAAAUCUCUGGUACUGGUGACAAUCAUAAUAAUAAUAAUAUGAAUAAUAAUAAUGUAAAUAGUGAACUUGUUAACAAAUCCGAUAACAAUAAGUGUAAUAAUAAUGUAUCCAAUAAUAAUAAUAAUAAUAAUAAUAGUAUAUUUGAAGAUGAUGAUAGUUAUAAUAUAUCAAUCAAAUCACCAUCCAAGACGGUUCAAACCCUAACCACUGUUUCUACAACUGUUUCCACUUCUACGACCACGACCACCACUACGACCACCUCUACCACAACUACUACAACCACUUUGGGUGACCAAGAAGCUUUACUCGCUAUCACCUCACCACUUGCGACUGGCAAGGAACCAAUCACAUCUACCAAUACUGGUGGUGCUACUCCCAGCAGCAACAGCAAUCUUUCAUUGGGGUUGAUUACAGGUGGCGAUGACAAUCAGAGUCUCUACCACUCGAAUUGUGCAACCGUCUCGACUAGUAUACUAGACGAUCACAGUAACAUAGAUGUAGAGUUGCGUAGUGAAGGGUCGAUAUUUAGUCGCGAGGAAAUGACAAGUCAAGACGAAUACUUUUUGGAGCGAGAAGAGGACACUGACCCCAUGAACUUGGGAGGGCAGGGUGUCUCGGGUGCUACCCCCUCUGGCUUCUCUCUCUUUGAUGAGAAGCUUCACAGAUCACUUUACAACCUCUCUCACUCGAGACAGUCCUCUACCAACAGCAACGCUUCUGACCUCUUGUCAACAAAGUCACACCUCAAGAGCAAGAGUAACAGCAAAUUGGGUGGAUCAUUCUACAAACAGAGCAAACAAGAGAGCACAAGCGAUACCAUCAGCGUACACUCUUGUUCAGACGAUGGAAUUGGAUCAAGUGGGAAUUCUUUGAUUAUCAACUCUAUGAUGGUGAUUGGUGCAAGUGGUAAUAAUACAUCAUCACCAUCUGUUCCCAACAAAGAAACACCUCUUACUACAGCAGUCAAAUUGGCAAAGACCAAUAAUAGUAAUAUGAAUAUGAAUAUGAAUGAAAGAUUGAUCGCUUCUUCAUCUGAAGAUUCGAUUCAAAUGGAAACAUCUUCAAUCAACUCUAUGGCUACCACGGCAAUCAAGACAGACGAUCUAACUACAUCAUCAGAUCUUUUUUUAAAUAAUAUUCAAAACGAACCAGAAGAAAUCAAAGAGGAAGAGGAAGAGGAUACAGAGGACAGGGAGCAAGUGGAAGAGGUUGGACAACAAGGCAUUAAUAAUAAUAAUAAUAGUAAUAGCGAAUUAGAACAACAACAACAACAAGAGGAACAAGACAAUGAAGAUAUUCUAAACAAGAAUGAAUUUUCAACUCAACCUUAUUUAGUUAAUAAUACAACCUUGUCAAAUUCCUUAAAUAUUUCAAAUGAUUGUACUCAUUAA